AUGCAAGGUAGCAAAGUGUCUAACCAUGUACUGUCCUGGUAUCGUCAAACUAAAGGAAAUGAGAUACAAUUUCUUGUGAGUCACAGGGAUAAGAAUCGCCCGACUUAUGGAGAAGGAAUUGCAGAAAGAUUCAUCCCUGAACUUGAGGAAUCUACAAAUGCCUUCACUCUGACUAUUGGGAAUGCAGAAAAAAGUGAUGAGGGCUUGUACUACUGCGCAGUGUGGUACUCUAACCAGUAUAUCUUUGGACAAGGCACACAGGUCAAGGUGCAGGGUAAGAGAAAAUUUCUUCUCAUGAUUUUGACUGUAAGGUACAUUUGA